AUGCCUCAGCGCCCAGCAAGUGUGAUAGAAUGGAUUGCUGGCCCUGCCCCAACCAAAUCUGCAUAUAGAGCUAUCGCCAUGGCUAAACCCACUAUUGUUACAGCGAGCCAGCCACUUAUACGUCGUCGUGUUGCAAUCGAGGUGGAAAUUUCUGACUACGACAACACUUCCGCAGCGUCUUCCGAGGAAGACCCUCUCCCAAAACCAAAAACCCCAGACCCAUCUCCCCCAAAACCGCCCCCCACGAAACCAACAACUCAGGAAGCUAAGAAGCCAAAAGUAAAGGAACCAGAAGCCAAGAAAUCCCAGUCAACGAAAGAAGUUGAUAAGAAAGUCAAAUUUCAAGAACCACCCCCAAAACUUAAGUCGGCAUUGAAGAAGAACACUUCUAAGAACCCACCGGAGCCUCGACCAUGCGAAUGCCCACAAUGCAGAGCUUGGGAGAAAAAUAAAGAUAAAAGCAGCGCGGAAAAUUCAAGCGACUCCGAUGAUGAGACUGAAGUUGAAGUGGAAAUUGAACCUAUCAAAAAACAACAACCGAACAACAAUAGAAAUCCGCAACCACGAAACCAAAAAAUCAAGCAGAACCAGAAUCUCCAAGGAAACACAAACCAACGGGAUACAAAUGCAAGGCAAGGUGGCAAUUAUCAACAACCCAGAAACAACAAUCGCCAAUACGACCAAGAUAGUUCAGACGAGUCAGAUCGAUUUGAGAACCGGAUUAAUCAACAAAAUCGAAAUCCAUCGGGCUACCUCGGUCAAACAAUGGAGACACGAAUUCUUCAAGAGAUGAGAGCUGAAGUUAUAUUGCGCGAGGAUGUGAUCGAAAAUCCUUCUGAUCCUCGCCCAAACGCAUUCUUGGAUAUGAAAAGUGGUGUCCUUCGUGUUUACCAUGGCCGGGUUUAUGGCAAUCCUUUCGCAACCCUACUUCCGCCAGCUCAAGUGCCAAUUGGCACCUUUGCUCCAAACUCAGCACACUUUGGUGGCUCACCUCCAAUGCAUAAUUCGCCUGGACCUGUAUCUUAUGAUCAACAGCACGCUCAACAAACCUUACCCCGCAAUUUUUCGAAUAACACUGUCCGACGCACUCCCAAUCAGAAUGGUCAGCGCAACUUCUCCAGUAACAAUUUCAACCGGAAUUCUUCCAACAAUCAGCACCAGCAGCAAGGCAGUAACAACAAUAAUAACAAUUAUCAGCAAAAUACCGAUAUGCCAGGUAGCUGGGUCGAUAAUACAAACAACCAAGAAGACUCCGGUGUGGGCGGGAGCAAUGAUAAUGCUGGCUCAGGCUGGAAUAACAAUGACCAAUCGAACAAUAACCAAAACUCAGGUGGUUGGAGUAAUAAUGAUCAAAACAAUAAUGAACGAGCUGCGUCUGGAGGCAGUAACAAAACGCAGACCAUCAACAACCAGAAGAACAAUAAAAAGGGUGGAAAUGGUCAGGCAAACCAGAAUAACCAGUCUACCAACAAUUCCGGUGCAUGGGGUGCAAAUAAUAAGAAUCAAUCUGGUAAAUCGAAUGACUGCGGUGCCAACAAUAAUACAAAUGGAAAUUCGGGUGGGGAAAAUGAUGCCCAAAAGCAGAAUGCAGACGCCACGCCGAACAAUGACUCUUGGGGAAACAAUAACAAUGGGGGCUCGAAUGAUGAUUCCAACAACCAGAACUCCGGCUGGGGUAACGAUAACAAUCAGGAAUCGAAUGAUAACUUGAACAACCAAGAUUCGAGCUGGGGCAAUGAUAACAAUCAGGACUCGAAUGAUAACUCCAACAAUCAGAACUCUGGCUGGGGAGGAGCUACCCAGAACGCCAAUGAUGAUGCAAACAACCAACCCUCAGGCUGGGACAACAACGACAACAAUGAUCAGGAAGACACCAAUGACCAAUCCAAUAAUGACAACUCCGGUGGAUGGGGAGGAGAUUCAGGCAACCAAAAUAAUACUACCUCAGGGGGCUGGGGAGAUUCGAAUGAGCAACAAGACAAUACCAACUCGGGGAACUGGAGUAAGUCCAAUGAGCAACAAGAUAAUAGCAAUUCGGGAGGAUGGGGAGGCUCUGGGAAUCAACAAAAUAAUGGGAAAUCGGGUUUUCAAGUAGGUUCUGGAAAUCAAAACAACAAUGCCAAUUCGGGCUCUCGAGUAGGUUCGGGAAAUCAAAACCACAAGUCGAAUAACAACUCAAAGAAGCCACAGAAUAACAAGUCAAACAACCAAAAACCUAAGAGCCACGAUAAUCCAGAACGGACUGCCUACAACAACAACGACCAGGAAGAUGACCAAGACAACCAGCAAGACAAUGGUAAUGAGUGGGGUGCACCAGCCAAUACAGGAUAUAAUGUAGCGCAAAGCACCAAGGGUAAGGGAUGGAACGAUAAGAAGAAUAACCAGAACAAUGGUAACCGAAAAGGAAAUUCCAAUAACCGAGGAAGUCAAUUGGGCGGUGAUGGACACAAUUCCGGCAAGGGAGGAGACACAGAUGAUGAUUGGAACGAAGGCAACCCCCAGUUCCAUGAUCACACACCUACGGGCAGUGAGAUUUUGAAAAACUGGAACGACACCAAUCAGGGUGGAUAUGCAAGCUUUGUCAACAUUGGUAGUUAUAACGGUGGUCACAAAGUCCGCCAUACAAGAACUCCUACUGCUCUUUCGUUGGCUGGAAGUUGGGCCUCACCUGAACCUAGCGAAAAUGGUGAUAAUGGUGGAUAUACUAGCAGAAGUCGUAAAGCUAGUAAUGCAAUUAAGGGUGGGAAGGGCGGUAAAGCUAACAAAUCGGUUAGUACUGGGCUUGAUAACAAUCCUGGCAGCAGUGGAUGGAAUAACACUGGCACGAGUAUAUAUGGUGGCUGGUAA